ACUGGCUCCAGCCAAAAGAAAAGGUCUUCAAAGAAAAGGAAAAGAAAAGCCUAAAAUGGGUCUAUUGAAUUCUAAAAACCCCAAAGCCAAGCAAGCCCAAAUUCUUCUUCUGGGACUUGACGCUGCUGGGAAGUCUACUCUCCUUUACAAAUUAAAGCUUGCUAAGGAUAUUGUGACCAUCCCAACAGUAGGUUUCAACGUGGAGAUGAUUGAGUUGGAAAAGGGUGUUCCACUUACGGUCUGGGAUGUUGGAGGACAGGAAAAAAUGAGAACUGUGUGGGACCUCUACUGUGAGAACACCGAUGGGCUGGUAUAUGUUGUGGACAGUACAGAUACACAGCGACUGGAAGACUCCAGGCGAGAGUUUGAGCGGAUUUUGAAGAAUGAGCACAUUAAAAAUGUGCCUGUUAUCCUGUUAGCCAACAAACAAGACGUGCCUGGUGCUCUGAGUGCCGAGGACAUCACCAGAAUGUUCAAAGUGAAGCAACUCUGCAGUGACCGGAACUGGUACGUGCAGCCCUGCUGUGCUGUCACCGGGGAUGGGCUGAUGGAGGGGUUCCGGAAGUUAACUGGAUUUGUGAAAAGCCAUAUGAAAUCAAGAGGACACAUAUUAGCAUUCUUCAAGCAGAAUUGA